AUGUCGCAGCCCAGCAACGUGCAUGGAGCGCCCGCGGGGCCCGCAGGUCGCUCUUUCCUCUCCCUCGACGACGGGCCCGCCUCACCCCUUGCCCCACCACCAGAGAUGUUGAGCAACCCGCCCAACUCCCUCGAACGCUCCGUCAGCCCGCGUACGGCCGGCUCCCGUCCUUCGCCCCACAUUGGCUACGAUGACGGCGAUGACGGCGGUGAUGACAGCGGCGGCGAGACAGCAUCGACCAGGCGAAGGAUCAGGCAAUCUCCCAAGCUGCCAUCCCCAGCGACGAGGUCGACCCGUCGAACCAUCCUUGAGGGCACCCGAAACGUCUUGUCAUCUCCGGACAAGACCAACACCGGGGAACCCUUCCCACCCAGCAGCGCGGCAGCGUCGCACGCGUCUGGUUCCACCAACUCCUCCUUUUCGCGGAUCGGCAACUUCAUGAGCGGCAGGUCGUCUGACAGGCCCGAAUCUCGGGGGGCGGAGGGGACAAAGGCGGGCUACGCAGACGACACUGCCGGAGGCGGACCCGCACCCAAGUCAAUCUCGGCCGCGCAGGGUGCUACCCAGGGUCAGCCCUCGAAUGAACCGCCGAUCCGGCAAAGUCUGGCGAGCAGGUUCCUCCGCCCUAAAAGCUCUCGGCAGAAGCUUGACGAAUUUGGUGACACCACUACAGAUCGACGGGAGGGCCACGGCCUCGGCAGUGCAUUUGGCUUCCGCAGCGAGAACCGGAGGACCGUCGAGCCUGCUGAACCUCCGUCGGGCGCCAACCACGGCGUGCACCCCGAAGGCUCCGAGGAAAGCCCGACGAUUCCGGAACACGAUUCCGGCCACGGAAACACGUCGCAGUCGGGGACAUCGUCCCGCCCCUCUUCGCUGGCCAACGCUCUAGACAUGGCACCGUCCGCCAGCCGGGCCGCCAACGGAGCACCUGUUUCACGAGGAGGGCGGCUUGGCCGCCUGCAGUACAAGAAGAGCGAAGGUCUCUCCAUCAGCAGUGUCGGGCGCGACUCGUUGGGAUCAGCGCGAGAAGGCGUCGGUGCCCCGCUGCAGGACUUUGCGGCAAGCAACCAGGGCUUGACAUCCCACGCAGACAGGCAAGAGGCGUGGGCGAGCCGCGCCGAGCCGGACAACAACGGAUCAGGCCGUCCUCGGCUGCCCUCCUCGUCGUACAGAGAAAUGGCGCAGAACCGAGCGGGCGCCUCUUCGCUCGCGGGUCUUGGCAUCGAAUCUGGCUUCGCAGACGAUGCAGGAAUGCCCCCGGCCUCGAAUGCGGCGACCGCAGCUGACCAGGGAAGCGCGACCCAGAGCGAACCUUUCAGAUAUGACAUGGCUCCGACGAACGGUGACGCCGGCCCUGGCCGGUCAGGCCACUCCUCGCAACACAGUUCCUCCGGAUACCAGGGGAUCGGCACAUACGCAGGCGGCGGCGAGCACGAAGCUGGUCACGCUCGCAGCAGUAGCAAUGCACAAGCCGUCGAUUCAGGUCGGGCGGUCUCGAGAACCUCGGGGCAGGACAAGUUUCACAACCGCUUUAGCAAGCAGACGGCUUCGGACGGCUCGCGUUACUCGACUCGCUCGAGUGCGCCUGGGCGGGAUGCUGGGGACAUGUCUCCACCAUCGGAGGCGUACACAUCCCCGACGCUGUCGCAGCAGGCAACACAGGCUAAGCCGUCCGCCUCGCUGUACCAACGGCAUCGACAUCAGCAGACUUCGUCCUCGUCAGGAUCAGAGGCGCUGUGGACAGCAAGCCAGCGGACCGGCAUCUCCAACGGUAUCCAUAGCGAUACGGGCUCAGCUGCAGCCACGUCGAAGCCACGGCCGGCGAGUCCGCCAGUGGGCAGCCUCUCUGACGCUGCCAUCGUUGCCAUGGGCGCCGUCCCCGGCAGCAGCCCGGAAGCCCUCUACAAUGCCAACGGCGCGCCGCUCAGCAGCAAGAACGUGCUCACGAUCGCGCUGCAGAAAGCCCAGAGCGCGGUGCAACUGGACAGCGCAAAUCAGGUAGCCGAGGCGAUUGCAGCCUAUCGGCAGGCGGUGCGCCUGCUUGACGAGGUGAUGGCACGGAUAGCGCCAAAGCACGGGAGGAAGAGCCGGCCAAGCCGCGAAGAAGAGCGGCGGCGGCUCCGCGUCAUCCACGACACCUACGCGGAUCGCAUCAGGCUCCUCUCGUUGAUCUGCGCGCCCGAGGAAGCUGGCGAGUUCACCGAGGAAGACAACAGCUACGACCAAUCCAGAGACGAGGCGAUCCCCGUCCGCGACGAGACGGAAUGGGACGAGGGACGGCUGCGACCGGGGCAACGGUCGGACCUGGAACGAGACGGCGACCAGAGCUUCCUGUCCAUGACGCCAAUCGCAGAGCGCCACGAUACCUCGACGAUGGACAGGUUCCUGAGCGGCCCGUCCGGCGAGAUUUCGGCUACGGGUGCCGACGGAACCAGCAGGUCAGGCCAGAGUAGCAGAGGCGCCAUUUCAGUGGCUGAUGAACAGGGCGAGUUUGAUGCGGCGCAGGCACCAUCCGGCUCCACGCCGCAAAUAUCUAUCCAGACGACGGUGCGGCAGGAGCCCGGCUCGGACACCCAAGAUUCUCAAGAGAUCCUCCUAGAUCCGUACACUACCGCGCCAGCGACGUCGCGAGACGUUGACCAGAUGACGGGCCAUGCAAGGUCCGACUCUGACAGCUCGUACCACAGCACGCGGACCAAGGGCAACGUUGGAUCGAGCUUCCGGUCGAGGCCAAAAGACAGCCCACGGUCACUGGGUCUGGACGAGGAGUCUCGCCGGCCCCCGACCCCAGCAACGCCCUUCUUCGACGCUGCAGACGCACGGACCAGCAUCGACGAGAGUGAGGAUGCGGCCUCUGGCGGACGCGAUACCAAGCCCCCAUCAUUGUCCGGCAUCGGCUCCUCGGGCACAGAGGAGCGGCUCCGCACCUUCCAGACGCAUCUCGGAGACCGGACGACGUCCCUCAACCCUUCUCGCAGCCAGCCGGCCUUGAGGGCCAAGGGGUCGAUGCCCUCCUUGCGCGCCAUCCGUGAUACGGCGAGCAGGGCCGACACAACUCGGCCCGCGCUGCAGGGACGACCCAGCUCCGCAGAUUCGCCACCGAAUGCAACAAUCCCAACGCUGGGCGACGCGUCGACGUCAACUCCGCAUCCGAAGCUCAUCAAUCGCCCGCGGGCGACUACACUUGUUUCAAAGCGCCUGCCACCAACAGCAGCGGACACCGAAGCGCUGGUCAGCUCGACGACGUCGACUGGCACAAUCAGCCAGAGACGAAAGCAGGCCGUUCCGCAGGUGCCCGCCCUGCCUGUGCCGUUGCGUUCCGACGCGAUGGCCCGCACCUACUCGGCGGAGCGAGCCGAUGCGAUACCGAGUGGUGUCGCCUCCGGCCUCGAUGGUCCCGUUGCCUCCUCGCAGCUGCCAUACAGCCGCCAGCGGGCGAUCUCCCAACCAGGUUCACGGCGGCCGUCGAUUCCCGCCGCAUUCCUGGCUGCCAACGCCAGUGCGGACCUCGCUCCGCCGGUGCCCAAGCUGACUCGCAAUCUCUCGGCCGGACUGGUCGAAGGUGUCUCCAACGGGCAAGAGAAUGAGCUCGUAGGUCCCGCCUCUGCACCAAGCACGACCGCGGCCGCCCCUCCGCCGACGCUGCGGAAGGCUUCAGACACAGCAGCCGCUCUGCAGCAGGCGGCGGUCAUCGCGCCGACUAACCAGGUCCAAGGCAGCGAUGGUCACGGCCAGGCGUGUGCCGCCCUCCGCGACGUUUUCCCGUCAGGUCUUCCCUCGCUCGCGUCUGGCACGCCUUCUUAUGCGACGGGGAGCAGCGGCGUCAGCCUGUUCCCCUGGCUUGGGCUCGCCAGCAAGCUGCCAGACCCGUCGUCGACGCCCUCGGUGCCGUUGCAACCCGUUUUGCGGCCUUUCCACGUAAUGCGCAUGCUGCUACGAAGCAUCGGCGAAGGCGGCUACGUCACGCAGCGGCUCUACGUGCCAAAGGGCCUCUGGCUGCAGCAGGGCGCACGGCUCGUCUCGAUUGAGAGCAAGGUGCGAGCGAUGGAGCUCGUCUCCACCGGCCUCGAGGCGGUCGCAAAGGGUGGGGAGCAGCUGCUGAGGCCGCCGGGCAGCGGACUUGGUCUCGAGACCUCCAACGGGUCCAAGUUUGCCAAGCACCUCGACGAGCUCGACGCGCUCAUGAUUGAAGCCCAAAACAGCCUUGCAAAGAAGCUCGGCUUCCUCGAGACCGUGACGGGCAAAAAGGCAUCAACAUUCUCUGGCGUGUUCGGGUCCAAGUUGACCCGCUCGCUGGAUCGCAUGACCAACGGCAAGAGCCUCGACUCGCCGGUCAUCUACGUCGAAGGUCUGGCUCGUCUUUUCGCUCGUGCCCAGGUCCUCGACACCCACCUUAUCUGCCUGCUGCGCGCCCAGGGUACCGUCAGUGCCGCCGAGAUGGCCGACGCGCUCCCGACGCCUUCGCACAACAGUAACGUCUACUCGGCUCUGCCGACCGAGCUCCGGGCCGGCAUCGAGGCGCGGCUGCGCCGGUCGAGCGACUUUUUCGCCAAAGUCAUCCUCGCCUUCGUCCUGCGCGACGUCGGCGUGCUCCUAGACAAAUUCGCCAAGCGCGGCAGCCUCGUCUUCACCGAGUAG